AGCCAAAGUGGUACAAGUCCCAAAAUUGCAGUUUUGAGAUAACACCGACCUCUAUAUGUUAUUGGGGAAAAGUACCAUGUGACAAAAUUUAAAAAUUCUCACUUUUAAAUUAGACCUGUAGAUUGCGCUAGUGAGAUCUGCAUAAUAACGUUUUAUUCAAAUCGUUCAAAGGCAAAGUGGUACAAAUGUGACUUAUACCACUUUGCCAUUAAAUGGAAUUGCAGAUAUAUUAUUAGUGCAUUUUUCUUGUAAUGGUGAAAUGUGUUUUGUCGACAUUAAAAAUGAGUUGUAGUGAUACUGAAAGUGAGCCACUUCCUUCUAGUGAAAGUGAGUACGAACCAGAGGAUUACUCAUCAUCAGAGCCAUCAGAUUCAGAAACGCUCAAUGAAGACUAUCCUUUCAAUGCUAUUAGUUUACUGCCAAACCGAAGAGGUGCUCCUAAAAUGUUCAAGGCCAUCGAGCUUUCGUCUCUGUAUCAGGGCCCACUUGAAAUUAAUGAUAAAAAGAAGAAAAAUAUGGAAGAACUUUUUCAAUUUAUUCCUCCGAUUCAUCAAAAUUACCUACUUCAAGGAUGUAAUUGGAAAUUGUGACGUUGAAGAUCCUUGAAGAAUUGGAAGAAGAAGAUGAUGACAGUUAGUUUCCCCAUUGUUUUGGAAUAUACUCGUGUUUUUAUUUUUCAUAUAAAUUAUGUUUUAUUUCCUCUUUUGGUAAUAAAUUUUUAAAAACGUUUUCAAUUUUAUUGUGUCUCAUUGCAACGUUUUUUAAAGGUAUAAUAACUUUUUGUUCUUAUUAUUAGAGAGCAAAAAAUCUAUUAUUGUGGUAUACCCAAACAUAUAUUAAAAAGUAUUGAAAGUCAUAGUGGUCUAAGUCACAAAAAAGGUCAAAAAGGUAACAAAAUUUUAAAAAUCAGGAUUCAGGAUUUUUUAAUUGACGUGCAACUUUAGGUUAAUUUAUCUAAAAACAAAGUUUUUGGACUUAGACCAUGCUGGCUC